UUUAAACCUUUCUUUCCUUUCAUUAUAAUUUAAACCAUGGUUGUUCAUUGUCUCGUCGUUCAAAAAAAAUGGGGCAUGUUUGGGUUGACAUGUGAAGAUGUUUAUGGGCCAAAGAAAAACAAUGAACAACCAUGUAUAUACAGUGAUGGACCUAGAAACUUAAGCCAAGAUGGUGAUGCAGUUAACUCCCUAAAAUCAGAAAGUAAACAGGAAGUCACACCGAAUAACUUUGUUGAAAGAUUGAUAGAUAAGCCAAUGGUCGAACUUGCCAAACUUACCGUGGAUCAAGCAAGUCCCGUAUCAGUUCUUGAUGCCUUUUAUGUAGAGGAUACGCCAUCUCCAGUAAAGAAGAAACCGAAUGCUUUCAAUGAUUAUAGCAACUUCUGCAUUGAUGAAACGGAGUGGAAUCAAGUGGGGGUCUAUAACUUGGCGACCCGUACAGUCGCAAGUGAGUUCCAUCAAACUGAAUUAUUGAACUCCGCUGAUGGCGAGAGAGCAAAAUAUCCAUGCAAAAGCACAAAUGGGGACCAUAAAUACAUUAAAGAGAUACUAUCAGCAUCGGGUUUUCUAAAAGAUCCAGACUCCGCCAUCAGGAUAGCCCAGCUUCAUUCAACCGGCAGCAUGAUAAAGCCCGAGUUGUUCCAUAUUCUGGAGAAAACAAACGAAGAAUGCAACAAAAACAACCCGAGUUCUAACUCCAGGGAGAAAGUCAGAAGAAAAUUAAUCUUUGAUUCCGUGAAUGAUAUUCUUUUCCACAAGUUAGUCAUGUCGGGCUUUUCUGGAAAAAGAUGUGCGCGAUUUGUGGAUGGAGAAAAGCUACUGACCGAAGUGUGGUUGGAGAUAGAUGGUCUAGAAAGUAGUUCCGAGAGAUACGUAUAUGAUGAAGAUGACGGAAUAAAGAUCCUUGUAAGUGCAGAUUUGAAUAAAAGUUCACAGGAUUGGGACGAGUACUAUUAUGAGGUUCCUGGUCUUGUUCUAGACAUAGAGCGUCUUAUUUUCAAAGAUUUGAUUGAUGAGGUUGUGAAUGCUGAUGCAGCCGGUGUGCGACAUCGACAAGUGAGACACUGUCGGCGAUUGUUUUCAAUGUAAAAG